UAAAUGUCUGUUUCCUGUUCAUGAACCAGAGAGAGAGAGAGAGAGAAAGAGCAAAAGAGAGAAACAGAUUCUCUCACACAAACCUUCCAAAGAAUAUUCACUAUUUCCUUUUUCUUCUGGUGAUCACCUGCUGUCUCCAAAUCACAUGCACAUAUUUUCUUUUUUUUUUUUCUAAAUAAAAUUUAUUUCUGAUCUUGUUUCCCCGGAAAAUUUUCCGCGUCGUACCUGUUUUUGUCCAAGGAUCCGCAUAUCUCGCAGGAGCCAAUCACACUUGCAUCCAAAUUUCUUUGUCGUCGAUCUUCAUCGUUUUCUUCUUCUUUUUUCCUUUUUGUUUUUAUGUUUUUCUUGCUAAGCAACCACUUGAAUAUUUUCUUUUAUAACUGAAAAGAUCAAGAAAGAGAAAAACUUGUGAUCUAGUGUUAUAGAUAAUAGCUUGUCCAGUUUUGGGUUGUUGAGAGUUUGAAAUUUGGAGAUUUUCUUCACCACUUUUGAGCUAAUCCAAGUGAGCAAACAGACGAGACUUCUUGGUGUUUGAGAAAGAGUCGAGGAAAAAGUGAAAAAGGAGUGCGUGGUGGUGGGUGCUAAAUUCAGGAUCUGAUGGCUGAGUUUGGGGGGAAAUGGCGGGGUUUGAGAUCGACAUUAACGCUAUCCUUAAACUUUCUGUUAGCUUUCGUGCUUGUUUCAGCCGAGAGAGGCUGGAAGCGUGAAUUUACAUCAGUCCCUCAAACAGAGGAGGAUCUGUCAAGUUAUUUUCUCAAAGCCGCAGAUUUCUUAUGGCAACCUGAUGCAUCAGGGUAUCAACAUGUUUGGCCGGAAAUGAAAUUUGGUUGGCAAAUUGUUUUGGGUACUAUUGUUGGAUUCUUUGGGGCAGCAUUUGGGAGUGUAGGGGGCGUUGGUGGGGGUGGCAUUUUUGUUCCCAUGCUAAGCCUAAUUAUUGGGUUUGAUCCCAAAUCCGCAACUGCAAUCUCUAAAUGUAUGAUUAUGGGUGCAGCAGCAUCAACUGUUUACUAUAACCUUAAGCUAAGGCAUCCUACAAUUGAUAUGCCCAUCAUUGACUAUGAUUUGACUCUACUCAUCCAGCCAAUGCUCAUGCUAGGAAUUAGUAUAGGUGUUGCUUUCAACGUGGUAUUUUCAGAUUGGAUGGUCACAGUACUGCUUAUUACUCUCUUUAUAGGCACAUCAACAAAGGCAUUCUUCAAGGGUGUUGAGACGUGGAAAAAGGAAACAAUAAUGAAACAGGAGGCUGCUAAGCGUUUAGAAUCAAAUGGUAUAGGAGAUGGGGAAGUGGAAUACAAGCCUCUUCCUAGUGGCCCUGAAAAGGACACUAACAAAGCAGAGGUUACUAUUCUUGAGAAUGUGUGCUGGAAGGAACUUGGGCUUCUUGUUUUUGUCUGGGUUGCAUUCCUUGCAUUGCAGAUUUCAAAGAAUCAUAUGACUACUUGUUCAACAGAAUACUGGAUAGUGAACUUGUUACAGAUUCCAGUCUCUGUUGCGGUGACACUAUACGAGGCAGUAAGCCUUUACAAAGGACGGAGAAUCAUAGCAUCCAAGGGAGAUGAAGGCACAAAUUUCAAAGUUCAUCAGCUUGUACUUUACAGUGCCUGUGGUGUACUGGCUGGAGUAGUUGGUGGGCUGCUUGGACUAGGUGGAGGAUUCAUUAUGGGUCCACUAUUUUUGGAGUUGGGAAUCCCUCCUCAGGUAUCAAGUGCAACAGCCACUUUUGCAAUGACUUUCUCCUCAUCCAUGUCUGUUGUAGAAUACUACCUUCUGAAACGUUUUCCAGUUCCUUAUGCUCUUUACUUUGUAGCUGUGGCUACACUUGCUGCCUUAAUAGGGCAGCACAUUGUGAGAAGGUUGAUCAUUAUGUUUGGAAGGGCAUCACUUAUCAUCUUCAUCCUAGCUUUCACCAUAUUUGUUAGUGCAAUUUCACUAGGUGGUGUUGGCAUAUCGAACAUGAUCAGGAAGAUACAGCAUAACGAAUACAUGGGAUUUGAGAACCUCUGCAAAUAUGAGGGCUAGAGGUAGCAUUUUUCAUUAAAAUUUUGUCAUGUUAUUCUGUGUUCAAGGUUCCCAGAUGCUGUAAUAUUUGUUGACGCUACUGCAAGUUCUUGGACUUGGGUUGGUGGGAGGAAAGGAUGAUCACCAACUGAUUUUAAUAUUCUUCUUAGAACUUUACUGUAUACACUUUCACUUCAUACUUAGGAUAAGGAGACAAGGCGCACUGGAUUUUUUUUUUGGUAUUUUCUUGGAAAAGUGUCUGAUUUUAUUCUCAAGAUUUGGACCUUAAAUUACCUUAAAAGUGCCAACUAAACUAGUUUGUAGUUGAUUGGACUGAA